AUGGCCACCUUCGACUUCGGGAACUUACUCGACAGGAUAUGGGAUGCAGCUUCGAUCUACCUCGCCAGGCCUCGAUCUCGCGUCGUCGACUUGCACCGAGACGCAGAGCUAUUGAAGGCCAAAUCGGUCGACUUCAACGAGGCUAUCGAUGAGGCUGUGCGCAACGAUCAGAAUAUUCGCGGUAGCAAAAAGAGAUUUAGUGGCAAAACGAACACUUAUUACGGAGCGGAGGCGAUGAUAAAUGUUUGGGAGCCAAAGAUCGAGCAGCCCGACGAGUUCAGUUUGUCUCAUGCUCUAGAUUCUUGGCGGCUCCUUCGGAGAGUUAGCCCAGACCUGUACGGGGAUAACAACACGAGAUUGUUUACUUACUCGACCAGUGAUUCUUAUCAAGCAACUGGCUGCUACAAUUUGCUCUACUCUGGAUUUAUUCAAAUUAACAGUGAGAUUGCGAUGGGCGCGACGAUCUUUCCGUUAUCCAAAUAUGGAGGUUCGCAGUAUGAUAUUAACAUGCUUGUUUGGAAGGAUCCGAAGGAAGGGCAUUGGUGGAUGCAGUUCGGGAACGACUACGUUCUAGGCUGCUGGCCUUCGUUUCUCUUCUCAUACCUCGCCGACGGUGCCUCCAUGAUCGAAUGGGGAGGUGAAGUAGUGAGCAAUCUAACUGCUACGAUGUGCAGACCGAUGGAGAAACAGCUAAGCCAUGAACCGAGACAGAUAGCAAUUAACACAACACAACAGCUUUUGUUGAGACCUUCCAACUAA